GUACGGCCUGAUUGGCACGUUUUUAUCGUGGCAGCAAAAGCCUUGAACGAGAUAUCUACUGCUCGCCACUAUGCUCUCACCACACUGAACGCAUGAGAACCGUGCUGCGUACCCGACUUGCCCGAGCUGAUCAACUCUUGUUUACUUUUUGCCUCCGUUUCGUGAUUACAUCACUCUUUCGUUCGGAUCUUCCAGAAUUUCGCGCGCACGGUGUCCAGCUUGUAGCGGCACGCGAUCGCCAAAGUAAGACACGACGCGUAGCGCCGCGUCAUACAUUCAGUCGUAAACCAAGCAACGGGCAACAGUGGCCGCAUUCCUGUCAAUUUCUUAGGGUUAUACAAUGUCGUGCUGACGCUUUGCAUCUUCGGACUGAGGUCUCUCAGACAGGAAUCCCCAUCCAUAGCAUGCUCAUCGACGAUCAUUCAAUUUUUUAUACCUAGUGAUGCGGUUGGCUUUCCAGCUUCCCAUGACAUUGGAAGUUUCGACACCGCUCUCUGCCUAGUAUCCUAGGUCCGUUGACAGGUGGCACCUAUG